AUGGCGCACACGAGCGGCUCUAGCGCCGAGCCAGCGGCGCUGUCGGCAGCUUUUGGGUCCGUCGACAUCAACGUGAUCUUCCCAGCGCCAGCUCCACGACCAGCGUCUGUUUUCCAGCUGGCAGGAGCCACCACCACCGGCAGCGGACGCUUCGUGCUACCCGACGUGGCACUGCGCAAAGUUGUCAAGAAGCCUAUUUUCGAGAAUUUCGAUGAUACAGCGUACAAUGUGAAGCCGCCGACGCAGAUGCUGCGCUUCAUCGACGGGUUGCGCUACCACAAGCCCACGCCUGAGGAAUGCGAGACGCUGAACCUCAGCAGCGCUACCGAGAGGAUUUAUCUCCACGUGCUGAAUGAUAUUUUAAUGAUGUGUGGGGCGCGAAAGGGAGCGCGCUUCAGCUCGCUGGAUGUGAAUAGAUUGCGAAUAAUUGCAGAAGGCCUGGAAUCCAGAUACGAGGCCGUGGAUGAGACGUUCCGUUCGGUAUCCACAGAGGUGAUGAGGUAUCGCUUUCCGGGGGUUAACAAACUGGAGGAUGAUCCGUCGCACUUUGAGUUUCUUUCUCAUCGACGUCGACACAGUUUAGUGGGCAUGGAGACGUUAGACCCAGAAGACCAAGUGAGGCGGCAAGCUUUCCACUUUCAAUGGCUGGCGAGACAGUAUGUGGUGGCUUUUGCACAGCUGAAGACUGCGAUGACAGAGAUCUGCGACCGUGUGCAGAGAGAUAUGGCUGCAUUGGGAACGACGACUCCGCCUACACUAGCAGAUAUCAACGAUGCAGUAGAAGCAGAGUUUGAGGCGAAAACACAUCGACCUUUUCCGACCUUUCUCUUCAUCCUGAUCCAGAAAUACCACCGCGAACGACGCAACAAAAGCACCGCGUGGACCACCGACUCGGAUGAGCCGCCUGUGGACUCUAUCGGUCAGUUCGCUCUCUAUUUAUCCAGUGUCUUACUGCAGCCUGCGCCAAUGACAGCUGCAGAGCUGCACAGUGUCCAAGUGUUGUUGCAAGUUGUCAAGGCCGAGUUCCGAGUGGACCACCACUCGAUGGUCCUCGUCGUGACUAAAGUAGUACAAGCAGACGGCCAAGUGAUCGUGAAUACGUCGUCUUCGUCAUGUUUAGAUCGCAGCACAAACGGCAGCGAACGUCCGUUGAGAAAUCAUCGACGAGACGGCGACGUGCGCGUAUUGACGCACGAGACACUGGGCUCGCUCCUUUUUGCCUUCUUGACGACAGUCCGCGAGCUGCGACUGGUUCCGCGCGAGAAAGAGCUUCUGAACCGUGGAAAGAAGAAGAAGAAGACGCAUCAAAUAGGAUAG